AUGGUCGCCAUGGCCGGAAAGAUGACUCUCUAUAAGUUGGUGGUGCUGGGGGAUGGUGGUGUCGGAAAGACGGCGCUCACAAUUCAGUUAUGUUUAAACCAUUUCGUCGAAACAUACGAUCCGACCAUUGAAGAUUCGUACCGAAAGCAGGUGGUGAUCGAUCAGCAAUCAUGCAUGUUGGAGGUUCUCGAUACUGCCGGUCAGGAGGAGUAUACCGCUCUACGCGACCAGUGGAUCCGAGACGGCGAGGGGUUCGUUCUCGUUUACAGCAUUACGUCGCGUGCCUCCUUUUCGCGAAUAUCAAAGUUCUACAAUCAGAUCAAGAUGGUCAAGGAAUCAGCAAACUCUGGCUCACCAUCUGGCGCCAGCUAUCUGGGCUCUCCGAUGAGCUCGCCAUCGGGUCCCCCGCUCCCAGUUCCCGUGAUGCUAGUCGGCAACAAGAGUGACAAAGCUGUCGAGCGGGCAGUCUCGGCCCAGGAAGGCCAAGCGCUCGCCAAAGAUUUAGGGUGCGAGUUUGUCGAGGCAUCCGCGAAGAACUGCAUCAACGUUGAAAAGGCGUUCUAUGAUGUCGUCAGGAUGCUGCGCAGCCAGCGCAUGCAACAACAAAGACCCCAGGAUCAUCGCCGGACGACUGGGCUAGGUCAGAUGCGUGACUCGGGUCCUGAAUACCCCAAAUCUUUCCGUCCCGACCGUUCUCGACACCGCAGCGGGCUCAAGUGUAGAAUCUUGUGA